AUGUACAUUGGACCAUGGCAAGAAUAUAAGCUUGCCCAAGUGCUCAAGCUUAAAAACGACAUCUAUGAAGCCCCAACAAACCAGCCUGCACGGCUAAAUAACGAAACCUUAUCUCUUCACAACCAGAAUUUAGUAUUAACAAAUAGUUAUAAAGAAUCACGGUCUUCAUCUCGGAGUUUCUCAUCAGAUGUUCAAAGACCAUUUCCAAGAUUUAACGUUGACACUUAUUAUGAGCGCUGAAAAAAAGUUGAAUUCUUGCUUGCAAAAAGUGAAACAAGCGAAAUUCCGAAAAAACACCAAUUCCUAAGGCUUAUUGUAUUUUUUGAUAUUCAAAAAAUUUAUCAGCAUGGGUAUUUGUUGGAAAAACCGAAAUAUAGCUAGAAAAAAUCUAAAAAAUUCUCUAAGAAUUGUCUAGCUAUCAAAAAAUGCAGAAAAAAUUUAUGCACCAAUUCCUAGCAAUAUUAACAGAAAAAGAAAGCCACAAAAUAUUCAUAAACAACGAGUUCAGAACAUGAGAGCGCUAUACGGACUAGAUAAAGAAAUAAAAUUCCCCCCUAUAAAUAAGCCAGAUUUAGACACUACAGCUACAACAGAUACAAGGAGUAAAGAAAGCAGAGAAAGUCCUUUUAGUUUACCCCCUAUAGAGAAUAGGACACAAGAAAAAAACUUGAAAACUAUAAAAGAAGACUAUUUUGGAGCAAAAGUUCCAGAAUAUUUGCCACCGAUUCAGCCACGUAUUGAAGAAAUAAAAAUUCAAGAAAAAAAACCUGUUUAUAUUCACUAUUUUAAUAAUUAGAAAUUAUAUUUUACAAUAAACUAUCAAAAUUAUUAUCAAUUUAAGCCAGUAUAAAACUGAAAUAACGCCACCAACAGACGUGAUUUCUCAAUUCAGCUCAAUUCUUCCUCCAGCAGCCGAAAUUUCUCGAUUCAGCUCAGUCCAUCCUCACUUUGGAAUAUCCCCAGAAAUUGAAGACGACCUCAAAUCUCAAGUUGAUGGGCUUCUCCAAUGGGUCGAAGAGCUUCCAGAAGAAGUUUCAACUGGCACGCCAUACUCCUCUACAAUUAAACUGUAA